ACCGCUACUUCGCCGUCGACCUCAUCAUUGUCGUUCACCACCCAUCAUCGUCUGUAUCCGAGAAUUGCCCCACGAAUCCCAGUGGCGUUACCUCCGUCGAAACGACCGAACAUUCGGUGAGAAUGGAAAUCAGCAGUGGCUUUGGUGGCCCAAUACUCAAACUUACAGAGGGCGUCCAGAAGAUCGCCCGAUCGGUGCGCG